GUUGUAUUACUCUGGAUAUACUUCUCUUCGAUACAGUGAAAGUAAUGGCGACUACUUUAAAAAAGUCUUUGGAAGAUACUUUUCAUACCACUAACCUAUAUAAAAUUCUUGGAGUUGAAGAUUCAAAAAUACCUCAUUGUAAAAUAAAGGAGGCUUAUUAUAAACUUGCUCUGCAAUGGCACCCCGAUCGAGUUACCGAGGAAGCUAAAGACCUAGCUAAAACUAAAUUCCAACUUCUCGGUAAAGUUUACGAAAUUUUAAGUAACCCUGAACAACGUUGUGUGUAUGAUGAAACUGGAGAUUUUGGUUCACCAGAUGAUUUUCAGUUGGUUCAACGAGAUUGGGAAGAAUAUUGGAGGCUGAUAUUUAAAAAGAUCACAUUUUCUGAUAUUGAAUCUUUUAAAAACGCCCACCGCAAUUCUAAUGAAGAAAUAAACGAAUUAAAGCAAGCGUAUAUGGAGGCAGAAGGAAGUCUGGAUAAAAUUAUGAACUUCGCCUUUUGCUGUGAGCCCGAGGAAGAAAAACGCAUUGUGGACAUAAUAAAUAAUUUAAUAUUAAGCGGAGAGCUUACAGAGUUACCAGCCUGGGAUAAGUCGCUUUCAAAAAGUAAGAAAAAGAAACGGGCUAGAAAGGCUUUGAAAGAAAAGCUCGAGGCUGAAAAGCUGGCUCAGAAACUUGGAAUGAUAGUUGAAGGAAAGGGCAGCGAGAAGGGCACCCUAAAUUCUUUAAUAUUGGGUAACCAGGAGAAACGUAGAAAAGAGGCGGAGAGCUUUAUUGCGAGAAUUGAAGCUAAGUAUGCUGGUCAGAAGAAGGGCAGUGGCCAACUGCCCUCUGAGGAAGAGUUUCUGAGCGCUCGAUGUAGACUCGACAGUAGACGCCGAGGUAAAGGGAAAAAAUAUUACUAACGGAAUAGGAGCGCUCUGCCCCAGCUCGAUACAUUUAUGUUUCCUUAAUUUUAUG